AUGGACUCGAAAACAAUUGGUAUUCUUGGAGGAGGUCAGCUGGGCCGAAUGGUCGUGGAGGCUGCCCAUCGACUCAACGUCAAGACUGUCAUUCUAGACGCCCCCAACUCUCCCGCCAAACAGAUUCAUGCUGGAGAGCAUGUCGAUGGCUCCUUCAAGGACCCUGCCGACAUUGCUAAGCUUGCCUCCAAGUGCGACGUCAUAACCGUUGAAAUUGAGCAUGUGAACGCCGACACUCUGGCCGAUCUCCAGAAGACUGGUGUCGAGGUUCACCCUUCUCCUGAGACCAUCCGAAUUAUCCAGGACAAGUACCGACAGAAGGAGCACCUGAUCUCCCACGGCAUUCCCGUUGCCGAAUCCUACGAGGUCACCGAGUCUACUGAGGCUGCCCUUGUCGUUGCUGCUGAAAAGGUCGGCUAUCCUUGUGUUGUCAAGGCCAAGACUCUUGCUUACGAUGGUAGAGGCAACUUCGUUCUUAAGGGUCCAGAGAAUGUCAAGGAAGCUCUUGAGUUCCUCUCCGACCGACCUUUGUACGUAGAGAAAUGGUGUCCCUUCGUCAAGGAGCUCGCUGUUAUGGUUGUCCGAUCUACCGACGGAACCACUGUUGCUUACCCCACCGUCGAGACUGUUCAGAAAAACAACAUCUGCCAUACUGUCUACGCCCCCGCUCGAGACGUUUCUCCUUCCACCCUGUACGAGGCUCAGCUCGUUGCCGAGAACGCCAUUAAGUCCUUCACUGGCGCUGGUAUCUUUGGUGUCGAGAUGUUCCUGCUCGAAAACGGCACGAUUGUUCUCAAUGAGAUUGCUCCUCGACCCCACAACUCCGGUCAUUACACAACAGAUGCCUGCUCCACCUCGCAGUUUGAGGCCCAUGUCCGAGCCAUUCUUGGUCUGCCUCUUUUCCCCGAGAUGGCCCAGAUGCGAACAGCAGACACUCAUGCCAUUAUGCUGAACAUUCUAGGAGGUGACAAGCCCGACAGCGAGCUUGAGUACUGCAAGCGGUCACUUUCCGUACCUGGGUCCACCAUCCAUCUCUACGGCAAGACCACGAGACCCGAGCGAAAGAUGGGACACAUCAACAUUGUUGCUAGCAGCAUGGACGAAUGCGAGCGACGGCUGGCCAAAAUAUCUGGAGAGGACAUCGAGGAGGCACCAAAGACUGUCGAGGGUGUAGCAGGAACCUCUAAGACCCCCCUCGUGUCUAUCAUUAUGGGCUCGGACUCCGAUCUUAAGGUCAUGUCUGCCGGAGCCGACAUCCUGCGGAAAUUUGACAUUCCCUUCGAACUGACCAUUGUGUCUGCCCACCGAACCGCCCACCGAAUGGCUAAAUUUGCCGCUGAGGUUGCCAGCCGAGGUGUCAAGGCUGUCAUUGCCGGAGCUGGAGGAGCCGCUCACCUUCCCGGAAUGGUUGCCUCGGAAACCACUCUGCCAGUCAUCGGUGUCCCCGUUAAGGGCUCCUCUCUGGACGGAGUUGACUCUCUCUACUCCAUUGUGCAGAUGCCUCGAGGCAUCCCCGUGGCCACCAUGGGUGUCAACAACUCCACCAAUGCUGCUCUGCUGGCCAUCCGAAUUCUGGCUGCUUACGACGCCACCCUACACAUUCGACUGGCCGAGUACAUCAAGAACAUGGAGAAGGAGGUUCUUGCCAAGGCCGACAAGCUCGAGACCAUUGGAUACGAGCAGUACCUCAACCAAUAG